AACUUUGAAUUCAACUUUACUUCCUCGUUCUUCUCUCCUUCUUUUAGCUUAUUAUUCACAGUAGGGUUGCAGCUGAUAAACGCCACCACUUCAUCACGACGACUCUUUCUCUUCAUUCCCCUCUUCCUCAAUACUAAACAAAACUCAUUAACCAAACUCUCUCUCUUUCAAGGCUUCAUCUUCCUCGCAAUGGGCUCCUCUCUCCCUCCCAAAGAGGCUAACCUCUUUAAACUCAUCGUCAAAUCAUAUGAGACUAAACAGUAUAAGAAGGGACUGAAGGCAGCUGAUGCUAUAUUGAAAAAGUUUCCAGAUCAUGGAGAAACUCUAUCUAUGAAGGGGUUGACAUUGAAUUGCAUGGACCGCAAGUCUGAAGCAUAUGAGCUUGUCCGUGUAGGAGUGAAGAAUGACAUCAAGAGUCAUGUUUGCUGGCAUGUAUAUGGUCUCUUGUAUCGGUCUGACAGAGAAUAUAGAGAGGCAAUCAAAUGCUAUAGGAAUGCAUUGAGAAUAGAUGCAGACAAUAUUGAAAUACUGCGGGACCUGUCCCUGCUGCAGGCACAGAUGCGGGAUUUGGCAGGAUUUGUUGAGACCAGACAACAACUUCUGACAUUGAAACCAAAUCAUCGCAUGAACUGGAUUGGGUUUGCAGUUGCCCAUCAUUUAAACUCCAACCCUGUUAGAAACCUACCCCUACAGAGUGGCUCCAAAGCAGUUGAAAUCCUAGAAGCAUAUGAGGGCACACUUGAAGAUGAUUAUCCUCCUGAUAAUGAGCGUUGUGAGCAUAGUGAAAUGCUAUUGUACAAGAUAUCUUUGUUGGAAGAGUGUGGCUCCCUUGAGAGAGCUCUUGAGGAGUUGCACAAGAAAGAGUUAAAAAUUGUCGACAAAUUGGCAUACAAAGAGCAAGAGGUUUCCCUUUUAUUGAAGCUUGGUCUUCUAGAAGAAGCUGCUAAAUUGUACAGAGUGUUACUCUCCAUGAAUCCUGACAAUUACAAAUAUUAUGAAGGCCUGCAAAAAUGUGUUGGGCUGUAUUCUGAAAUUGGAAACUAUUCUUCUGAUCAAAUUGACCAAUUAGAUGCCUUAUACAAAUCCCUCGGGCAGCAAUACACUUGGUCAUCUGCUGUGAAGAGAAUACCGCUAGAUUUUCUACAAGGUGACAAGUUUCAGGAAGCCGCAUUCAAUUAUAUUAAGCCUUUCCUAACUAAGGGAGUUCCUUCAUUGUUCUCUGAUCUUUCUCCUUUAUAUGAUCAACCUGGCAAGGCAGACAUUCUGGAGCAUCUUAUUCUUGAGUUGGAGCAUUCAAUUAGGACAACUGGGAGAUGCCCUGGGAGGGAAGAAAAAGAGCCCCCUUCAACACUUAUGUGGACUCUGUUCUUCUUAGCUCAGCAUUAUGAUAGACGAGGCCAAUAUGAUAUUGCUCUGUCAAAAAUAAAUGAGGCUAUAGAGCACACUCCAACUGUGAUUGAUUUGUACUCAGUCAAGAGCCGAAUAUUGAAGCAUGCUGGUGAUUUGGUUGCUGCUGCUGCAUUGGCAGAUGAAGCUAGGUGUAUGGAUCUUGCAGAUAGAUAUGUAAAUAGUGAAUGUGUUAAGCGUUUGCUACAAGCUGACCAGGUGGCUUUGGCAGAAAAAACUGCUGUAUUAUUCACAAAAGAUGGAGAUCAACACAACAACCUUCAUGACAUGCAGUGCAUUUGGUAUGAACUUGCUUCUGGUGAAAGCUACUUCCGCCAAGGUGAUCUUGGGCGGUCUUUGAAGAAAUUUUUAGCUGUGGAGAAGCACUAUGCUGAUAUUACCGAAGAUCAAUUUGACUUCCAUUCUUAUUGCUUGAGGAAAAUGACUCUGCAUGCCUAUGUGGAGAUGCUCAAAUUUCAAGAUCGGCUGCAUUCACAUGCUUAUUUUCACAAAGCUGCAGUUGGAGCUAUCAGAUGCUAUAUAAAAUUGUAUGAUUCUCCUCCAAAGUCAACCAAUGAAGGAGAUGAUGAUAAGGCAAACUUGCUUCCUUCUCAGAAAAAGAAACUGAAGCAAAAACAGCGUAAGGCUGAAGCUCGAGCUAAAAAAGAGGCAGAGAUAAAAAAUGAAGAAUCAAGUUCUAGUGGUGUCUCCAAGUCUGGCAAACGACAUAUGAAGCCUGUUGAUCCGGAUCCACACGGAGAGAAGUUAUUGCAGGUUGAAGAUCCGUUAUUGGAAGCUACAAAAUACUUGAAAUUACUUCUGAAGAACUCGCCUGAUUCUUUGGAAACGCACUUACUUUCUUUUGAAGUAAAUAUAAGAAAACAGAAGAUUCUGCUUACCUUUCAGGCUGUAAAGCAAUUACUUAGGUUGGAUGCUGAGAACCCUGAAUCACAUCGCUGCUUGAUCAGAUUCUUCCAUAAAGUGGACUCAAUGAGUGCUCCUGUGACUGAUACCGAGAAACUCAUUUGGAGUGUCCUGGAAGCUGAGCGGCCAACUAUCAGUCAAUUGAAGGACAAAUCUCUGACUGAGGCAAACAAGUUUUUCCUUCAUAAACAUAAAGAUUCAUUGAUGCAUAGAGUUGCAGCUGCAGAAAUGCUACAUUUUCAUGAACCUAGCAAGAAAUCUGAAGCUAUUAAAUUAAUUGAAGAUUCAACCAACAAUUUGGUUCCAAUUAAUGGAGCACUUGGACCUGUCAAGGAAUGGAAGCUCAAAGACUGCAUUGCAGUCCAUAAUCUCCUUAAAAACGUUUUUGCAGACCAAGAUGCUGCAUUGAGAUGGAAAGUGCGUUGUGCUGAGUAUUUCCCGUAUUCAACCUUCUUUGAAGGCCACUGUACUGGCAAGUCCACCAUGGCCCACAAUCAAAUAUUAACGAUCCCUGAAAAUGGGGUUGCAAUCCAUAAUAGAGUUGAUCAAAGUGCAAAGGCCAUUGCAUCAAAUGGGAAACUGGAGGCUUUCAAGAAACUGACUAUCGCAACAUAAUGGUGAAUGCAUGUGGAGCUGCAAUUCCAGCAUAUGUCGGGUGAUUAAUCAUAUUUAACUAAGGUGUAGCUCGAAGAUACACCUAGAGGAGAAUCGUCUGCUGCUAUUGGAGGAUCAUCCAAAGGUCAAAUGUUUGAGUUGUGCCAAUCGUUUCUACCUGUUGUGCUCGGAUUAAAUUUUGUUUUUCCUACUUGGCUUGAUAGUGAAAAUGCAUUCCUUUGCAAAUGUGUAUAAUUUUAUUUUACUGUGCUUGGGGGUUGAUAUCUUUAUUUACUCACUAUUUGGUGAGAUCCUAGAGAAGAGAUGGGUCAAUGGUUUUGCGCCAAUUCUUCUGCUAAUUCUGUGUUUUAGGGCUAUAAGGAAACAUUAUAGAUUUUUCCCCCUUUCUUUUCAGAGUCCUGGCCCCAAAUUUGGGUCAAAUUUGAAACGUUUCCAGAGCAUGUUGUACUCUUCCCAUCUUAUCAACCGUUUAUCAUGUAUAAACAUUACAUUGUGAAGAAUUUUGCGAAAGAAUUCAUGUCAGCCAUGAGAUGUUGCCACAAUAAUCAGUUUUGGUGUUGCUAGUGAAUUGAUUUCUUUGUACUGAA